AACUCGGAUGCAGAUGGAGGAAGAGGGGCCGAACACCACCGUCUUCAACCUCCUGAAGACGUUUGACACCUACGCGGCCCUCUAUAAGGAAGAAUCGUCCGGGGAGGAUUCGUUUCUCAAAAUCGACUCACUGCCUCAUCCGGACUCACUCCAGACCCAAUACGAGCAAAAGAUGAAGAGAUGGAGGCCUGGCCAGCCUUCUUCAACAGCUUCAUGGGAUUACUUCUUGGUCUCUUUUCCCUUUUGGGCAACGGGUCCUCUGGAAGAGCAGGCCGAGCAAAUCCAUUCGGACACGCGGCUGUUGCAGAUGAAACGGGAGAAAAUGCAGAUGGAAUUAAGUCACAAAAGGGCCCGGAUUGAACUCGAGAAGACAGCCAACCUGAACGCCAACAAGUUUGAGCGGGAAGCUGAGUGUAACCAGGAGCUCCUUAAGCGCAUCAAGCAGUGUCAGGAAAGGGAAACCGAGAUCAAAAAUACCCUUCAGGAACAACUCGAGAUCAACAAGACCUGCCAGGAGAACAUAGAGACCCUGAAUAAGAAGCUGCAGGAGAAGGAGAUCAAGCUGGCCGAGGCGAAUGAAGUGAGGGCCGAGCCGCUGAUUUGGUGAAUGUGUCUUUGGUGUCAUUUUGGAGCAGACGUGGGUGGAUAGUCCAAAUAACUUGUGUUUCAGGAAUGAGGUGACUGUUUAAAAAAAGAACGACACCGAGUGGUCUCUUUUCCUUGAAAUGAAUGGCAGCAUCUUCUGAUGCUUUAAGGCUGGGGCAGC